AUGUCCCUGAGCAACUCGACGCACGUCAAACGGAAGGAGCUCCUGUCGCCGUUCAACUUCGCGGCGUUCUACCUCCCCUACGUGCUCCUCGAGAGCCGGCGCGUGCUGUACCUCGACACGGACGCCAUCGUCGAGGGCGACGUCGGCGAGCUCGCGCACCUGGACCUCGGCGGCGCGCCCGCGGCGGCCGUCGAGGACUGCACGCAGAAGGUCUUCAAGUACAUCAACUACGAGCUCCUCGAGCGCUACGACUCCGGCGGCCGGUCGAAGCUGGGCCCCAUGAACCGCAACGCGCCGCGGCUCUGGAGCCGCUUCGGCUUCACGGCGGACGCGUACUCGAACGAGACGUGCGUCUUCAACCGCGGCGUCGUCCUCUUCGACUGCCCCCGGUGGCGCGAGCUGCGGCUGACGGAGACCAUCGAGGAUCUCGUCGACGCCUUCGUCGCGUCGCGGGCCAAGCUCUGGCGCGGGGGCAUCUCCCAGCCGCCGUUUCUAUUGGCGCUCGCGGGCCGCUACUUCAAGCUUGACAUGGAGUGGAACGUCCGGGGCCUGGGG